AUGAAGGUUUUAGAUCGCUCAUUCUUUCAGAAAAAAGUUCAACUUUUAGCUGUUUCGUUCCCAGAUCCCAAAUAUUUGGGUCAGUUUGUGAAAGCAUGCAAGGGUGAAAUUUUGCUAAUGCCAGCUGUGAAACAUAUUGUUCCUUUACAUGACACAAGAGGAGUAUUGUUGAGACAAGAUAUUGACUCUAUGGAUACCUACAAGACGAAAUUGUCACAGACAGCAUUAGACAAGAUCGAUGAAUACAAUCUAACUAUAGAACCCUACGUCCUCGAAUUAGACUACUCAUUUUGGAAGGCUGACGAUAUUUUGAGGGCUGUCUUGCCGGAGAAUCUCUUAGACGAAAUCCCUACUGGCUUUGCCCAGGCUGGUCAUAUCGCUCAUUUGAACUUGAGAAAGGAAUUCAAACCAUAUGGACGGUUUAUUGGCCAGGUGAUUCUCGACAAGAACUCGAAGAUUGAAACUGUGGUGGAUAAAGUGGAUACCAUCGAUGCCAAGUUCAGAACGUUCAAAAUGGAGAUCCUAGCUGGUAAGGAUGAUUUCAUAGUAGAGCAGAGCGAGAGUGGCUGUAAAUUCAAAUUUAACUUCAGCUCUGUCUACUGGAACUCGCGCUUGAGCACUGAACACGAAAGGUUGAUUUAUCAGUUUGAGCCCACCGAAGUAGUGGCUGACGUAUUUGCUGGAGUGGGUCCUUUCCUGGUUCCUGCUGGUAAAAAGAACGUUAUCGUGUUGGCAAACGACUUGAAUCCGGAAUCAUACAAGUAUCUCAAGGAGAAUAUUACCCAUAAUAACGUGGAAAAUUUUGUUCGUUCCUUCAACUUGGAUGGAAGAGAAUUUAUUAGAGAAUCACCUAAAAUACUUCAGGAUUGGGUGAAGUCAGAGGGUCAUGUGGAGAAACGUAAGACAAUCAAGAGACGCAAAGUGGACCCAGAAACAUCGGAGAAAACGACGAUAAGGGAAACUGAAAUAACAAGUGUGGAAAUUCCAAAGUAUAUAUCACACUACGUCAUGAACUUGCCAGAUUCUGCCAUAACGUUCUUGAAUGAAUUUAUUGGACUAUAUGGCAGAUUUCCAGAAGUGGCAGAAAGAUUGAAAGCGGAUGAAAGCUUCGAACUUCCCAAUGUUCACGUUCACUGCUUUGAAAAGUUCUCACCUAGUGAACAGGAACCCACUAUGGAUGAAUUGCAUAGACGUGUUCACAAACGCAUUACGGAACAGAUCCAAUUCAAAGUUCCUAUUGAAAACAUGAAGUUUCAUUUAGUCCGCAAGGUGGCACCAACGAAGCCUAUGUUCUGUGUUUCCUUCAAACUUCCCGAAGAGGUCGCAUUCAAGGAAGCCUAA